GAACCACUAAAUUCAAGAAAUUUCAUCAGUACAUAAAACAUUCUUGUGUUAACAAACACACACCCACUUUCACAUAAAACAUUUUUAUGUUAACCCACACGCCCAUUUUCAAACACACAAUACUUCAUUAUGACAACAAUUCAGAAACAGGAUAUUACAGUAGUUUCAGCAAAGUGCUGUGUAAGGAUUCUUUGUUAAAUUCAAAUCACUGGUAAACUUGAAAAAUGAUUCCAGGCACAAGACCAGCAUCCUCUGCAAUGCAUAUUUUAAAGAAUAUCAAAGAGUAUUUUAGGCACAGCACAAUUCACGGAUUGUAUUACAUAGCAGAAGAAGAUCGUCACUGGACUGAGAGAGUUUUCUGGACUACUGCUGUGUCCUUAUCCUUAUGGUGUACAAUCAUCGUAACUUUAUCAUCGUACAGAGAAUUCAGAGAGCAUUCUGUAAGUUUUGUUGUGGAAACAACCUAUCUCCACUGGAACACAACAUUUCCAGCAUUCACAGUCUGUGAAAAGGAAGAAGAAGAGUAUAUAUGGGAUCACUUUGAAAAGAACUACCCAGAGGACACUGACUUCAAUUUAGUAAGAGUUCUUAAAGAGAUUAUAUACUACAGAGGCACAUGCCAUUCAUGUGAAGAAUGUAAGAAAGGGCUGGACUGCUCAACAAUAUUCGAGAAGAAUUUUGAGAUACCUGCACCAUGUGACAAAGUAUUUGCUUUUUGCAAAUGGAAUGACCAACCAUUCAACUGCUGUGCUAAUUUCUUACCCCUAAUAUCUGAAACAGGUUCAUGCUAUACUGUCAACUCCAUUCACACAAGACAAGAUUCAAAACAAAUAAAAAUGAUCUCCAGCAGAGAAACAGGACCUGGAACUCUUACAGUUGGAGUUAAAAGGAAUGUAUGGGUAUUCAUGCAUUCUUCUUCAGAUGUGUUCAUAUCCAUUCAUGAGAGUAAUAAAAGAUGGUCUGUGCUUGGGUAUGGUGAGACAUGGACUGUGCUGUUUAAUGUGGUUGAAAUUGUGAAUGACCCCCUAUUGCAACAAGUCCCAAUCAAGAGACGAGGAUGUCGCUUUCCUGAAGAAAUACCAGACCACUACAAAUUAUUCAAGUAUUAUAGCUAUUCUACCUGUGUGCUUGAGUGUCGAGCUAUCAAAAUGUUGGAACACUGCAACUGUAUCAACCACAUUAUUCAUCCAGCUGUUUCAGGCAACUUCACACCAUGCAACAUCGAUGGACUUCUUUGCCUUAACAAUAUAUACAGUGAUCUAGUGAAACUGAAGGGAAAACACUCAGAAAGUGAGAUGGAAUCGGGUAUGACAUGUGACUGCAGUGCUGACUGCAAUGAACCAGACCAGUUCAUACUACAUGAGGAGAAAAAGCUAACAAAGAAAUACAGUGAAAUAAAGUUUGUGAUGGAGACCCUACCAAAUGAACGAUUACGAAGAAAUGUCGUCCGAAGCAAGCUGGACUUGGUUGUAUCCUUAGGAGGGAUUGCUGGGUUAUUUCUUGGAGCAAGUCUGAUCAGCAUUGUGGAGAUACUUAUUCAUUUCUUCAUAAGGAUUUGGACAACACAUCCACAAACAAAUGAUAGCAAUGCAACCAAAGAUAUUCUCAGACAAAGUAAGAAAGAUGUUCAGAAGCAACUUUCACAUGUACAAAACACAAAUACUGAAUUUGGUACAACACUUCCAUAUUAUGAAAAGGACUAUGGGGUUGCUGCAAUUUUCAGCUAAAUUCUUCAACAUUCACAUAAGACAUGCUACUGUUUCUGUUUCUGUGAAUCUUAGACUUUCUAUGUACUGUAAUGCAUAUUAAAUUUUUUUUUAACUGGAAUGCAUGCUGAAGUGUAACAAAUAAUAUGCUUCUUAUGUACACACAGCUUUACAAUCAUAUUACAGGAAUCUGCAAUGUACAAAACAUAGUACUAUAUUUUACUGUGCUAGCACAUGAAGAAGAUUGAGAAAGAGGCAGAACGAAUGUCUCAUAGCUGUACGCAUAAAAGUAUGCUCUGUGGAACUCCAAGGCCCAACACAAAGACUAGACAUCUAAUCUUGUUGGCAGUAACAACCUCCACACUUCAAUCUUACACUUGCAGUUUCUUCUAUAGUUCUUUUCCAGUCUCUGAGGUAUGCCUUUCAUUCUGCAUCCUGGAAACUCCAAUGCAAUGAAUUUUACAGCACUGUAACAUUGAUUCCUCAAUAUAUUCCUUUUUCGCGCAUUCUUUGCAAAAUUGUAAAUGAUAUGAAACAAAACUGGGAAACUGUCUUUGUCUACUUCAUCUGAAGAUCUACUGAAUUCUGAUGAAAUUAUGAAUUAGAGAAGACACAGAUGCCUCCCUCCCUGCAUCACAGAAGUCAAAUUUUGGACUGUGGUCUUCUGGGUUGUGACAUGAUAUAUUCUGGACGCAGCCUACACACCUUUCACAACCCAGAAAAUCAGUCUAUAUCAAAGCUGCUGGGUGAAUUUAAUUUCUGUUCACAAUGAACCAGUAUACCUUUUAUUUCAUGUGAAGCUCAAACUGAUCACCGAUUUUCUAAUAAAAUGGUUCCUUUGAAAAUAAAUUUGUAUAGAUUAUAAACUAUAAAUAUCACUAAGAAAUAAAACUUUUAUUUGAAACAUGUUUUGAGUGGUAUAUACUUAAAGAAACAAUAAAAACAUACAUUCCUCUAUUUAGAAUUCUUUGUCAACAGAAUACAGUUGCGCUAUGUUCCAAAUAUUUGGCACCAAUUUCUACCAUAAGAAUUCAGUACAAGAUGAAGAAGGUAAACAACUAAAAUUGAUUUGUACCUGUAAUAAUUGAACAUCAAGCUCACAGAGCUAGUAGUUAGAAAUAUUACACAGGUCAGUAAUUGAUUUCUACUGUCCUGGGUCAAGCUGAAAGUUACAGAAACAACAUAACAUUAUUAUUAUAUAUAUAUUAUUAUAUAUACAGCAAUAAAUCACAUUCAACUCUGACACAUCUUCAUUUGGUAUAAAGGCACUUACACUGUGGUGAAAAUGUGAUGAUAUAGUCUACUACAGUAUAAUAAGACAGGGCUGCUGUCAGAAAACUCAAUAUUCAGUUGUCUAGAAAAAUGAUACUGGAUAUCCACAAUUCUUGAAUUUCUUUGGCAGUAUCAGUACAUGUGUGAAAACUAAGCACUGAGCAUUUUAUUUUUGAUUUAUCACAUUUUUAAUGCGGUUUGCCUGCUACAGCCAACUCUCGAGGCAUUGAAAUCCAAAGGCCCAACACUGCUACCACAGAAGCCUGCAAUUGGAUUCAGUGCCAAGCAAGUUAAAUUCAAUCCAUAAAUACCUAACUCUACUAACUUCUGAAACAUUAAUUACCCUAGAAUAACUGCAUAAACUUUAUUCUGUUCAUGUAAUUUCUCUCGCUUCCAAGGUGGUUCAAUUUGCUUCCUCAACUUACAAAUAUUUGGUAUAUAUUUUCUUCCUUCAAGGAAUAAACUAAUCACACCAACUUGACAGAUUAUAGGCUGUCAGUGACAGUUUUUUAAGUAGAAGUAUCAUCCAUUUCCCAUGUCUAUUCCUCUCAACUUUAUCAUGUACCACAGUUUUAAAUGUUAUCAUGGGAUAUGGUAUUUUACUGAUUUCUUUCAUAUGUCUUCUGAAACCACAAAGGCUAACAACAAUGUUGUGAAUCACAUACCAAAACUCAAUCACCAUAUUCUAUACAACUAGUCCACAACAGAAUCUCUUAGUUAUGAAAUUUAUGGACAUGGAAAAGAUCUGAUUCUACAACUGCACAGUCAUGUUUACUAAAAAUAAGAACAAUAAACAGUGUGUUCAACUGCAAUGGCAAAAUGCUGCAAGUGAUAGCAUGAUAGCAGCUUACAGCAUGACCAUGAAGGAACAGCCUAUGGAUCUUAUCUGCAAGCAUCACUCGCUCUCCCUAUUUACAUAGAACCUAUGGAUCUUAUCUGCAAGCAUCACUCGCUCUCCCUACUUACAUAGAACCUACGGAUCUUAUCUGCAAGCAUCACUCACUCUCCCUACUUACAUAGAACUUCUUUACUAACUACUCUAAAAAAGUGAUACUAACUUACCAUAUUUUACAGCAACUGCUGGAAGUGACCACAUCUGCUUCUGAUCAUGCCUCACAGUGCCUAAACAUGUAGCAUAACAUUUUCUGGAGUUAGUCCUCUGAAACUGAUGCAAUUACACAUGCUAUGGAAUGAAGGUUUCUUCAUUCUAUAUUUAUGUUAUUUUUCAUAUUGACAUGUUCAAUAAGGUAAUACUCCUUUGAUACACAUGACUUUGUAGGAACUUGUACUUGUGGGUAUUUACUAAUAAGCUAAUAAGCUGCCAAAUGCACUUUCUGUAAGCUUUCUUUCCUAUGAAGGAUUUGACUAUGAAAACUCACGGCUGAAUUAUAUACCUCCCUGAAAGAAAAAGCAAAUUCAAAUCUCAAGAUAAAAUGAUCUGAGAAAGCAGAGCUUUUACAUGCUAUCACACUAGGUUUGUUGACUGCGAAUGGGUGUCACCAUAUAUCUAUCACAGACAAAACACACUGCUGACUCUGUUCAUAGCAUUCAUACUGUAAUGUUUUUGGAGUAGGUACUUCCAUGGUAAUGCAAUAACAGUGGGCCAUUGCGUAGAUAAUGCCGAAACAACGAAUGUCUUUUCCCAGAGAUGGACAAUGAAGGUUUGUUGCGCAACAAUGGACUGUCGAAACAGCAGAAACAGAGCCGUGAGAAAUGGUGUCUGGUAUUCGGUCCAAAGAACACCUAUAUAAGGGGGCAACAUACCAGACAUUGCAGAGUUGGGUAGAUGAGCACUGAGCCAGAAGUCAAUGUUAAGAGUGUUGCAGUCAAAGGCAGUCUAGUAUUCACCGAGAUAUAGUGGAAGCAGUAAUUGUGAUACUGCAAGUGAUAAUAAUUGUAGAGUGUGUCAGCCUCGUGAUGAUAAUUGAGGA